AUGUCGUUAUCCAAUAAAUUGUCCGUGAAGGACUUGGACGUUGCUGGUAAGAGAGUUUUCAUCAGAGUUGAUUUCAAUGUUCCAUUAGACGGUAAAACUAUCACCAACAAUCAAAGAAUUGUUGCUGCAUUACCAACCAUCAAAUACGUUGAAGAGCACAAACCAAAAGCCAUUAUCUUGGCAUCUCAUUUGGGUAGACCAAAUGGCCAGAGAAACGAAAAGUAUUCUCUUCAACCUGUUGCUACUGAAUUGGAAUCAUUAUUGGGUAAGAAGGUUACCUUUUUAAACGAUUGUGUAGGCCCAGAAGUUGAAAAAGCCGUUAAUGCCGCAAGCAACGGUGAAGUGUUUUUAUUAGAGAACUUGCGUUUCCAUCCAGAAGAAGAAGGUUCCCACAAGGACAAGGAUGGUAAAAAGGUGAAGGCUGACCCAGAAGCUGUCAAGAAGUUUAGAGACCAAUUGACUGCAUUGGCUGAUGUUUACGUUAAUGACGCUUUUGGUACCGCCCACAGAGCUCACUCUUCAAUGGUUGGUCUUAAUGUGCCACAAAAAGCUGCUGGUUUCUUGAUGUCAAAGGAAUUGGAAUAUUUCGCUAAAGCUUUAGAAAACCCAAAAAGACCAUUCUUGGCUAUCUUGGGUGGUGCUAAAGUUUCCGAUAAGAUCAAGUUGAUUGACAAUUUGUUAGAUAAAGUUGACUUGUUGAUCAUUGGUGGUGGUAUGGCCUUCACCUUCAAAAAGGUAUUGGACAAUAUGCCAAUUGGUGACUCACUUUUCGAUGAAGAUGGCGCUAAAAAUGUUAACGAUUUAAUCGCUAAAGCUAAGAAAAACAAUGUUGAAAUUAUCUUGCCCGUUGAUUUUGUUACUGCUGAUAAAUUCGACAAGGAUGCCACUGUUGGUAAAGCCGAUGACAAAGAAGGUAUUCCAGAUAACUGGAUGGGUCUUGACUGCGGUCCAAAAUCCAAAGAAUUGUUCAACCAAGCCGUUGCAAAAGCAAAGACUAUUGUUUGGAACGGCCCACCAGGUGUUUUUGAAUUUGAUAACUUUGCUGGUGGUACCAAGAACUUGUUAGAUGCUUGUGUAAAAUCAGCAGAAGCAGGUAACAUUGUCAUUAUCGGUGGUGGUGAUACUGCAACUGUUGCUAAGAAAUACGGCGUUGUUGACAAAUUAUCACACGUUUCUACCGGUGGUGGUGCUUCUUUGGAAUUGUUGGAAGGUAAAGAAUUACCAGGUGUUGUUGCCCUUUCGGACAAAAACUAA